CGGAGAGUCGGAAGCCGGCACUUGUUUGCGGGGAAAAUUUGCAGAAGCCGAAACGGGAGGACGUGACGAGGAUGCCUGAUGGAGCCCAAUUCCAAGCGACGGAAGACAGCAGAGCCCGAUGGCGCCUCCUCUUGGGAAGUGCAGCCUGUUCUUUCGGAGCAGGAGUCUCAGGGAAUCAGGCUAAUGCCAGUCUAUGCUGCCCCUGUCCUGGAUAAGAAAGAGACGUGCCGCCUGGUGAAAGAGGUCUCUGCUGUCUACCCAUUGAGUGACUACCCUCAUCUGAAACGUAUCCGUGCCUGUCUCUCUGUAGGCAGCCCCCACCCGCUGGAGAUCAUCUUGUGUCUUGCAAGCCUCAAUGGAGAGCAGGCCGGCUUGCGGUCUCUCACUGAACUCUUUCCCAGCGGCCAAGUAGACCUGUGUGGUUUGGGGAAACCUUUCUUGGCCCAAGUGCCGGCUUGUGCACCUUUGACUCGUCCCCAGUACGAGGAAGCUGUGUUGCACUGGCCUGUCUCCUUCCACGAGAACAAGCGGAUCACCCAAGCUCUGAAGGGCUGUCUUUUUUCUCCCCUGGAAAAGGCUGCCAUGCAAAAUCACAUGGAGUUGGCCAUCCACACAGCACAACAGGGAGCAAGGCAGGGCAUGGAGCCCGUAGGAGCUGCGGUGGUGGACCCGGCCACUGGCCGAGUUUUAGCCGUGGGACACGACUGCAGAGGCGGCUCUAACCCGCUUCUCCAUGCUGCAAUGGUCUGCAUUGACCUCGUGGCCCAUAGCCAUGGAGGGGGAGCAUAUAGUUAUAAAGAUCAUCCUGCUUGCACGUUUCUUCAUGUGGACAACAAUGCCCAGCAUCCUCCUCUUGGGGAUGGCCUUCCGUACAUCUGCACCGGGUAUGACAUGUACUUAACCCGGGAACCAUGCAUGAUGUGUGCUAUGGCACUGGUGCAUUCCCGCAUCCAGAGGGUGUUCUACGGAACACCGUCCCCUCACGGGGCCCUGGGCACAGCACACCACAUCCACAGCCGGAGGGACCUCAACCACCGCUAUGAAGUCUUCCGAGGGAUUCUGGAAGAUCAGUGCAAACGCUUGGCGCGGCUUUCAGAUCACAAGGAAUCAGGAUGAGAGACUGUUUGAAUGGGAAGGCUCUUCUUUUCAUGCUUCUGUUGAUUAUGUAU